GCUGUCUUUCCAGCUCCACUCACUGACAGUCCAACCUGCAGAGAGACAGGACGAGCAGGAGAGCUGACUCCUCUGCGACCUUCUGUGGAUUUUUCACACAUUUCGAAGAUGAAAACUUUUUCUCUUCUCACUGAAGGAGUUAUGAAAUUUUGAUUUGUACAGAGUUUUCAGCUGCUGAAAUUCAGAAUCUAAGGGUUGAUUUCUUCACUAAAGGAGCGACCAUGUGGUUGAUGGAUGUAUGAUUUGCAGAUAUUUCUUCCCUGGUUAUUCGGUUUUUACGCACUGUUGCUCUCCAAACUCACUUUUGCGAGUCUUUUCAAACACUCUGGAUGUCCGUUUCCUCCUGGAGAAUUGAGUUGUUAGUUGAUCUGAUUAUUUGACGGGAGAGUUUGAAUCCUAGUUUCUAGUUUUGAAGGUUUUUUUCCCUCCUUUCAUACGUGGAUUAUUUGUACCCGGUCGGAAUGCUGACUCUACUCGUCGGACUUUUGUACCUGGUCAGUGGACGCACGGUGCGGAGCCAGGAUGCCACAGGUAGCCGUUUCGUUUGUAACGCCAUCCCCCCGGGCGCAGAGCCGGGCUGCGGGUACGGUCCAUCGGGGAACCGUGUCCAGAGCAGCACCCCCGUGGAGGACGAGCUCCGGAAUACGAUCAUCCAGCUCCGGGAAACCAUCCUACAGCAGAAGGAGACCAUCGUGAGCCAGCAGGGGACCAUCAAAGAGCUCAACUCCAAGCUGGCGCGCUGCGAGGCGGCAGCAGACGAGUCCACGCAGGGAAAGUCCCGGGGUCAGGGCUCCAGACGGAAGGAGUUUGGCAAGAACACGAUGGGAGACCUGCCCCGGGACCCCGGCGAGACCAUAGACCAGCUGGGCAAGACCAUGCAGAGUCUGAAGGGUCGGCUGGAGAACUUGGAGGUAAGAUGACACAGAUACGCUGCUCGUGCGUAAAAGCAGCAGAUGUAUUUCCCUUGAACAUUUUUAAUCACCGACCACUAAGACACGCUGCUGCAGCAUAUCUGCAACACCAAAAACACGCCUGGUGAUAGAGAGGCUCUGCAGGAGACCUGUCAGAGGAGAGCGAGAUCAAAGGGUCAGCGGACAUGUCUGAUAAACAGGUUUGAGACUGAAAAACAUCCUUCAGGAAAAGAAAAACACCGAGAAAUAACACGUCCAAAAGUGUUUCCACGCUCGUGUUGUAAGGUUUUCGAAAUGUAACCUUGAAUAAUUGAUGAGUACUCUCUGUGUACCACAUCAUGUUUUAUUUGCAGUCACGUGACUCAUUAUCCACAGCAGUUGAUGGCGUUAAUUUCUGCACAUUUCACCUUCAUUAGAGCGCAGAAACUGGAACAUGGGAUCGAAUCCCUCGUGGUGAAGUAGUCACUUAAUUUCCUCUUGACCUCACAUCCUUUGCAUCUCACACCAGAGCUCUUGGCUCCCACCCCGGGGACCUCACUACUUCUUCUUCAUCUUCUUCAUCUUCUCCUUUUUUUCCAGUGUGCAUUAAUAAAAGCAGACUCAGAGAUCACAGCAGAUAUUGAGGUCACCUAUAAUGAAGUGCUUUACAAACACUAAAAGGUGGAGUUCAGUCAUGGCUUCAUCUCUUACGCCAUUAAAUCAACCCUCCUGACGGCCGUCCUGAUGCCAUCUUAGCUUAGCACAACAGUCCAUAUUUAAAUUCAAGGUUAUUUCGAUACACACUCGAUGCUGCAUUGCUGAUACAUCCAUCUCUACCUCCCCUCCUCCCUCUCUCCUUGAUUGGAGGCUUUAAUACCCUGAUCAAAUCAGGAUACACUGCAGCUGUGAGCAUACAUAUUAUAUUGAAUUUUAAUCUAUUGAUCUGCAUCUACUUACCAUAGUGAUUAUUUAUAAAGUGGUGUAGCAUGUAGCGUCUAGCUGCCCAGAUCAGGACCUCUCUCGCUAAUCAAAGCCAUCUGUACGACCCAACAAUUACAUCCAGGACCUUGCAGAAGCUUUCAAAGUGGCCUUCAGCACCAUGACUACAAGAGAUUCUCUUCAGAUGAGCUUUUCAGUCGGCUCUGUGCUGCAAGAAAAUAUGAAUUAAACUCUGUGAAAGUGUCACAAAGGGUCUGAAAUCUGAAGUGGAGCAGGAGAUGUAGGUAAUGGAAAUGGAAAUGCAGGUUUUGCUCAGUAAAGCAUCAGCUGUUUUUGGAUCAAAGUUCUGCAGGAUCUGAGGGUCUCUCUAAUUAGUGCAAAGACAACAAAUGCAAGACUAAACAGGAACAAAUGUGAACGUUUGGAAACUAAGGGGACCAGGUCCUUGAGCUGCUCUGAAACCUGCAUAUCAUUCAGCUCUGAUGCUGCCUAAAUCUGCCCAUGCAGGCCCAGACCAUUAGGGAUGCUGACUUUUGAAGUGUGCAGGCCGGGUGGUCUCCUUUUAAGAGCAGAAGAUGCAUCGUCCACGAUUUCCAAAAUGUGAAUUUUUGAUUUUUAGACCACAGGGAAAUUUCCGUCUCCCCCUCAGAUGAUCUUGACUGACCCUGGAGAAAUUUCUGGAUCAAGUUUAUAUGUAGUUUCAGUUUGAAGAGACAGUUUAACUGGAUGACUGACCUUGUCUCAGUCUGUAUGGUCCAGGUGGACAUCAAUUCAUUUACAGGAGUAUGUCCGCCUUGUUGACCUGUUUCAUCACCAAAACAAUCAACAAACACAGUAGCAGGAGGCGUAUGUUAGGGUGACCAUACGUCCUCUUUUUUAAGGGCUGUCCGGCUUUGUUCGAGGAAGUUUAUUAAGUCCUUCAAAUGUCUGUGGGUUUUGUACACAAGUUUCAAGUUUGUGACACACGGACUUACUGAGUUAGAAGCGCGUAAAAGACACUCAAUACGACCCGAAAAACUCUCAAAAUUAACUACAUGCGACUCCAUGACUCCGCCCCCGUGUAGUCGUGUCCUCUUUUGGAGAAGUCAGGUCUGGAGAAACUGAUCCCGCCCACAUUAUCUUUGUUUGUUAAUCUGACUACGAGAAAUUUAAUUUACUGCGAUAUUAGUCAGACUGAUGGUAAACAUAAUUUAAACUUACUUUGUUCACAGACUGUGAUUUCUUUAAGCCGAUGCGUUAACUUCCACUCCAGAGUCUGGCCUGGUUAGGGUCCAGUUGUUGAGCUUUUUCCAAACUAAACUGGUGUUGUCGUAACUCUCUUAAAACAUGUCGUUGGUAUCAUUAUUAAAUAAACGAUGAAUUUUUCUCACGAUUUGUCACCGAGUAUGCCUUUAAAUCAUUUGCAAACUUUCCGCCAAAGUUUUAGUUCUAUCCUCAAACUACCUUAAACGCCCCGCCCAGUCAUGGCGGUUUGGCGGGUCACCAGUUCAGAAUAGACGGCGAGGACGCUGACUUCAUUUUGAUAUUGCUGGAUCAAAAACAAUGGUGCUAAAAGGAUCAGGCCCAGAAUGAAGACUCGAUCAGUCAUCUAGUGCAAAUCUGGGUCUUUACGGAGAUUAACUGGAUUAAAUGUCUGUCUAUCUAUCUAUCUAUCUAUCUAUCUAUCUAUCUAUCUAUCUAUCUGUGUUCUAUUUUUUGCUCUACCUUGCAUUUCUUCCCUUUUCUCUCCUCUCAGCAGCAGAAUUUGCGUCUCCCCACCACGAAUGUAUCAGCCGGCGGUGUCUCGGCCCUGGCCCCCCUGCCACCGGAGCUGAGGGAGCUGCUGCGGCAGCGUCUGGGGGCGCUGGAGACGCAGCUCCUCCGGAAGGUGGCUGAGCUGGAGGAGGAGAAAAGCCAGCUCUACAACGAAACAGCGGCCCACCGCCAACGCACAGAGAGCACACUCAAUUCCCUCUUGGAGAGGAUCACCGAGCUGGAGAAAAGUAAGUGAGACAAUGGGUGCUGGGAGAUACUGGCCGGAAAUAAUCCCCCUUUUCUUCUGUUUUAUUCCUCCAGAUUUAACUCUAAUUAGUCAAUCCUUGUGCAAUUUCUGAUGAUGCAAGUAGAAACCUCACAGCACAGCUUCUUCUCAGAGCCAGAGCGGCUCCUGAUUCUGGAAAAAAAAAAGGCUUGGAAAGCAACACUGAAUGCUUAAUUAGUUUAAUAAAUAUUAGAGGGAUGUCCUCACUCCAGGGUAUCACUUUGAAGAUGGAUGUCAAAAUAUCUCCGCCUUGAGGAAAAUAAGAUAAUCUCAACACUCACCGGACAUUUCCUGUAGACUGUCCCCUGAGGCUCCGGCGGCUGAGUCUGCGUCUGCUGGAUGAUAGCAGGUAUAACCAAAGCUAAUUGCUUGGAAUUAAAGAAAGGUCAGCCAAACAGAACCCACAUCCAUAAUAUAAUGAGUCGAUGCUGGUCUGACAGUAAACACCACCUUUUUUCAGCUUUUUAAAUUCAAUUCACGGAAACCUCCCCGGCAGAAAUGUCACAAUUUCAGAGACGGUUUUUCCACCAAUCGGAGCCCUGCGCUGGCUUUGUAGCGUGUUUUGGUUGUCUUCAUGCUCUGGGCUUUCAACAAAAGGAUUCUGGGAUUGAGUCCAGCACCCCCACGAUCCUCAGAGGUUAGAAAUUAAUCUUGUAGAGGAACAGAAUAAAUGAGAACCUCGGAGGGAGUUGCUGGAGAUUCAUAAUGAAUCACAUGCAUGUUUACAUGACAUUCAUCCUGCGUCUUCUCCCUCCAGGUGUAGUUAAAAAUGGGAAAGAAACUACUUCGUACCUGAGUUUAUAUCAUAAACUUCACAUUUAGUGCACAGUCCGCUUUAAAGCUGCUAAAGCUUGGAAUACUCCACCAAACAGAAAUAAAACUCUGGUUCAAUCCCAUUAAAAAAUGCAACAUGUUUUCACUGAGCUCAGAUCUGUGUGUGUGAGCAUGUGUGUGUGUCCUCUCUCCUGCUUUAUGUUGAGUGAGUUUCUAUCCCUCUCUCUCUCUGUCCGUCUGUCUUUUUAGAUCAUACUUAAUUUAGCAUCUGUGUUUACUCUGUUUCUGUUUUCGGUCUUUAUGAAUUUUUAAAACUCUUCUUUAACAGACACACCACCACGACGAGGAUGUGUUUAGUCACAACUGACUUGGUAUAAAACUUUAUGACAUAAAGCCUUUAAAUAAUAAUUAAGCAAAAGGAACUGCAGUGUCACUUUAAAGGUGCAGUAUGUGAUGUUAGGUGACACUUAUUGGAACAGACUGGGCAGAAAUUAAAUUUUAAUAUUCAUGAGUGUGUUUAAAGUUUUAUAAAACCAUCUAGAUAUAUAAAUAAAAUGAGUUUUUGUUAACUUAUAAUAAGGUCGACUUUCACGGGGGAGGCCAUUUCUAUGGUAGCACAGAAUGGACAAACUAGAAACUGAAGACAAAGAAGACAAGACUAGCUUAUUGUCCUAAAGGAAUAUUCAAGCGUAAAAUUAAGUUAAGGUCAAACACACCGCAACACCGAGUUAGACACCCCAUCAAGGGAUGAAUGUUGCCGAACGGCUUGCUUCUCUAGUUAUACCAACUUUAGUAACAACCGCACAAUAGCAAUACACGGAGCGACGCGCUCAUCCAAAACGCCACCCUAUAGCCACAAAUAAUGCUCAGAACAGCACCUAACUUCAUCAAAAGGACAUAUAGGGUCCAAGCCAUAGUACUAGACACCAAACAUCUUUUUAACUUUGCCUAAUUUGUUUCGCAAAGAGACUAAACACAACUCACCUACUCUCUUCCAGCAGCCGCCUGUUUGUACAGAGACCUUGGGCGAGGAUUUACGGAAUAUCCCUUUAAAGGCCGUCAUAGUUUCACAGAGUGGAGGAGUGAGCAAAGGAGUGUUUCAGUGGGUGUAUCAUAACUCAUGUCGUUAUUAUUCAUCGCCAGGUAACAGUGCCUUCAAGUCACCCGAGGACUUCAAGGUGUCCCUGCCUCUUCGUACGAACUACCUGUACGGACGUAUCAAGAAGAGCCUCCCAGAAAUGUACGCCUUCACCGUGUGCAUGUGGCUCAAAUCCAGCGCCAGUCCUGGCAUAGGAACCCCGUUUUCUUACGGCGUGCCGGGCCAGGCCAACGAGAUAGUCCUCAUCGAAUGGGGGAACAACCCCAUCGAGCUUCUAGUUAACGACAAGGUAGGUUCUUUUUCUCGUUAUCACGGUAAUUUGCAUUUCUUAGAGGCGAAACAAGCUUCAACCCUCAUUCAUGUUGCGUUUGUAUCAGAGGUGGUUAAAAUUUACAUAUGGCAUGGGUUUUUGGAGAAGGAUGUGGGUGACUGUUGCCCCCAGGAGACGAUAAACACAUUUCAUAGAUGUUUAAAAUUCAAAAGGCACAUGUACCUCGCCAAGACAGACAAAAAGCUGCUUUGAAAGGAUUUACGUUUUAUUGUGUUAUGUUUGAUCACUAAUUUUCUAGAUCAGAAUACGGCUAAACCACGCCACGCUACCCUAUGCUUGUUUGCAUACUGGUAGUAGAUCAUCAUGGAAAAUGCCAUAAGCUGGAGUUAUAGCACCAGCCAGUGGUUGGUGGAAGUGCUACAGCUCAGAUACAACAUAUGACUGGAAAACUGGGUCUACAGUAAUAUUUAUAACUUGUUCAACAGACUUGUUAUUUUGGCGCCAACUAGCGAAGAUGAUAUGUUUGAUUGUACGCUAGUACAAAUUUUUCAAUUACCGUAUUUUUCGGACUAUAAGGGGCACUUAAAAUCCUUAGAUUUUCUCAAAAUUUGGCAGUGCGCCUUAUAAUCCAGUGCACCUUAUGUAUGAUUACUUGUUGUGCUUACAGACCAAUUACUGACCGCUAAAAAAUCUGUCAACUAGGUACAACUUUAGUAAGCAAUGAAGCCACUCCCCUCAAUGGAUAUUCAGAGCAUUACGGUACACUGUGUCACUAUCUGAUCGGCCCCGUAACAGGACCCCUGAGCAGUCAACAACACUGCCUGACUGUAUUUUCUAGACGAGGAGUGCAUCCAUGUAAGGCAGCCCCGGCCCGGAGUACACGCUAGCAGCAAUCAACCAAUCAAUGCCUAAUGCGCCUUAUGUGUAAACAUAGACAUGUUAAUUCAUAGUGCGCCAUAUAAUCCGGUUAACCUUAUCGCCCGAAAAAUAUGGUAAUUCCACUUACUUACUUCUCUUACCAACUCCUCAACUUACAUUUUUGUUGAUAUUUAACCGUCUGCCUGCAUUCAGCUAAAUCCGCAAUGUCAGUUUGUAUGUAACUGUGUAGCUCCUUAGCUACAAAUAAGAAAGUCCAGGGCUAUAAUGAUAGCAGUGUGGGGAUUAGACAGCACUAACGAUGUAACGCUAAUGAACUUCUUUACUCGGUGUAUAAAAUACAAGAUGAUUCAGAUCUCAGCCCACCCCUCGGUACCAGAAGCAGACGUGUAGAUAUAGGCAGAUAAAGUUUUGCAAAGGGUGUUCGACACAGGAUGCAUCUUGAUUAAUUUUGUUAUUUUGCACGGUGAUCUCUGCCCUGAUGUUUUCGAAAAGAGGGAUGCAUUUAAAUCAGUCGCUCUCAUUUGGCUGCCGGCUCUGCUGGCUGUAACGUUGUGUAGAUCAGCUCAUUAAAUGCAAAGAAGGCAUUAAUGUGUUGCUAAUAUUUCCUCUUUCUCUGCCUCGGCGCUGCGAAAUACUUUCACUUCUAAGCACAAUAAUGAUAAAGCUGAGAGCCGAAUCACUGACCAUCAGCUCUGAAUUUUUAAUUUUGCUCCUUAUAAACUUUUAAUAUCAUUGACCCACAUUCCUCACACACCCAAGAAUAACAGUAAUUCAUUAGAGAACUCGUGCCGCUCGUUUGCUUUCUCCAUAAAUCAUUGCGAGAUCUCAGUCAGCCGUCGAAAUUUCAAUUAACAUGACAGAAGACAAAGUGGUAGAAAUAAACAUCAAUAUUUUAUAACGUGUAUACUUAAAAGGAAGGGAGUCGGUGUAAUUGUUAUGCUGAUUUGAGCUGUAAUACUAGAUUUUCUUGUUUUCCCCAACGGCGCAGAUGCGUCUGCAGCGCUGUAAUAUUGGAUUUGGGUGAAUUUUUUCAUAAAAAUGUUGCUGCACUGGAGAGGAUUCUUCUCCCCUCACUGUCUUGUUUACACUGGCUGUUAUUGGCACAGGCAGGUCUCCUCACAGCUUUCCCUUCACCAUGCAUUAUACAUGUGUUCAACUCAGACAGAUGAGAGAGACACGGGGGGAGAAAGGGAUGAGAGAAGAGAGAGGGGAAAAAAGAGAGGAAGGGGGUUGGAAAUAGAAAAUCUGCAGAGCUUUGGAGGUGAUGGAGUGCUGCGGAGAGAGAUGAGGAAGAGCAAAGAUCACAAUAAACCAGGGAAAAGAAAGUUGAAUGUACUGGAAGAGGAGGAAUACAGCAGAGCACACAACGAGACGAGACUUGUUAUGAUUUCUGCAUGUGCAGCAGCACAUCCAUGUGCCCAACUUGCUCACCGUGAUAACAGGGUCCGCUGGGGCACAUUGUUUAUGCUGUUGAUUAAAGCGGAGGGAGGAAGAAAAGCUCUUUCAACAGUAAAAAAAAGUGCACCGUUAUCUGUAUUUCAGAUGUGUGGCUGGAUCUGCACAGUGAAUUUCCUUCAGCCUCAUAAGGAAAAACCUCCUGAACAGCCGAUCUCUUUGUACCAGAAAAUUGUAGAUAUGUUGUUUUUAGCCCAAUCAAGAAAAACCUGUUUACCACGUCUGCAUUUUUCACUCAAAUGAGGCCGCCAGGAGUUUAAUCUGAAAUGGAUUCAGACGUUCUUGUACGACAUUAAAAACGAAUUCUCUUGGCAAGCGUGCUUAUGAAGUCUGCUGCUCACAAACAAGAGUAAUCUGGAGGACCAUUCUCCGACGGCGAGCAUUUCUUUGUAGAUUAAUCUCAGUAAUUCCAGAUUUUUUCAUCUGGUUGAUGUGUUUUUUUUAGCACACAUUGUUGGAAGCAGACAGUUCACAGGCUUAACCCCUUUUUCAUGACCCCCUGAAACAUUUCAAUCAGGGGAGAUGAGUUAAUGAAUUAAAGGGGAAUGUUUAUUUACAGAAAUGUGAUGAUAUUGAAUUUAUGGUCAGAGUCUCUUUGGUGCUCUGAGUUCACAGUUUGAUCUGGGGGUGUCUGUCCUGAGCUGCAGUAAUGUCCCCGUAGAGUCCAGACACUGCUGGUGGAGGUUUGAGCUGAUAAUGCCAUCUGAGGCUGAUGUGUUGAUGAAGAUGAUGACUCUGCAGAGAUGAGGCGGUGAUGGGGAGGUGGAUGGAGUCAUGCAACAAUAGAGUGAAUGAGCUGAAGAGGGAGAAAGUUAUAUAAGACGGCACUAAUGUGAAAGGCUAACAAUGAGGGUGAGCUGGAGGCCUUUCGGAGAGAUACUUGACUCAUAUCUGACAUGAUCUAACACAGAUACAAUACAAUAUGAUGAUAUAAGAUAAUGUGAUAUGAUAUGAUAGAAGAUGAAAAGAUAUGAUAAAAUAUGAUAGAGGAUGAUAUGAUAUGAUAUGGUAUAGUACAAGAUGAUAAGAUAUGAUACGUUUUGAUAUGAUAUGAUAUGAUAAGAUACAAGAUGAUAAACUAUAACAUGAUAUGAUAUAUGAUAGAAGUUGAAAAGAUAUGAUACGAUAUGAUAGAAGAUGAUAAGAUAUGAUAUAAUAUGAUAUGAUAUGAUACAAGAUGAUAAGAUAUGAUGUGAUGUGAUAUAUGAUAUAAUAUGAUAGAGGAUGAUAUGAUAUGAUAUAGUACAAGAUGAUAAGAUACAAUACGUGAUGAUAUGAUAUGAUAUUAUAAGAUACAAGAUGAUAAAAUACGAUAUGAUGUGAUAUGAUAUGAUAGAUGAUAAGAUAUGAUAUGAUAUGAUACAAGAUAAGAUACAAGAUGAUAAAAUAUGAUGUGAUUUGAUACGAUUGAAGAUGAUAAGAUAUAUGAUACAAGAUGAUGUGCUAUGCUAUGAUAAGAUACAAGAUGAUACAAUGUGAUAUAAUAUGAUACGAUGUGAUAGAAGAUGAUAAGAUAUGAUAUAAUAUGAUAUGAUAUAAUAUAGUACGAGAUGAUAAGAUACGAUACGUUUUGAUAUGUUAUGAUAUGAUAAGAUACAAGAUGAUAAAAUACGAUAUGGUAGAAGAUGAUAAGAUAUGAUAUGAAAUGAUACAAUAUAAUAGGAAACAAUAGGAUAUGAUGUGAUACGACACAACACAAUCCAAUACACUAUGAUACGAUCCAAAUGAUACAUUAUAAUAUGAUACGAUAUAAUAUCAACAAUAUGAUACAAUGUGAUUUGGUUCAGUACAUGAUAUGAUACAACACAAGCAAUUGUCAUGCAGUGCAGGACUGCAGUGAUUUCAGAGACAGAUUGUGUCUUAGCCCUGAAGUUUGGCUGUUUUCACAGAGACCAGGAUUUUCAGCUGCACUGUAAUCCCGUAUAGUCUCAUAUCUUUACAGAAUAAUCUAGAAGUGGAUACUGUGUUUGCAUCAGCCCUUGGUGGGUCAGAGUAGAGAUAUUGGUGAUGCCAUAGAUGUUUUUUUGUGGGGGCUGCUGGUUCAGGUGUCGCAGAGAGAUUGGUUGUAUUCAACUUCACCCCUGCACACUCUGCAAAAACCUGCAGAUUUAUUAAAGACGCCUGAAGUUUCCCAAAAACCAAACUGUGUCCAAUAAUCUCACAGUGGUCUUUCCCCUCUCUGCUGUCAGCCAUCAUGGCUCAUGCUCAGCAGAUUUGAGAUUAACCAGGUACACAGUCUGCUUUUUCAUUUACGAGCUGCAACUUUGGUCGUGCUAAAUAUUGAUGCAACGGAUGAUUUGCUUUAAAAGACCGUCAUGAAUCUAUCUUCAUCAUAUGGGAGUGUCAUGUGACAGUUUACAGCCUGACUCAGGUGGAUUGUGGGUAUUGAAAUACGAUGAAUGAAUCUACACACCCCCAGUUUUGACAAGGAAAGCUUUGGUAGCUCUCUUCUGUUACAACUCCCGGGGUGCUGGAGUGGCACACGCUGGCUGAGUCAGACACAAAAAUAAUGUAACACCUGUGCGAAAAUAAUUUCUGCUGUGUUAAAAAAAACUCUCACAUUGAACUUCUCACGCUGUGAAAAUGAGCUCGUUCGCAGCCAUUUGAAGAAAGAUGAGUCGCCUGCUUUGUCCUCAAAACCUCAGCACUGUCACAGAUAUUCAACAGCGCCGAAAAUCUGACAAGGUUUGUUUCGUUUUAGGAUCUUGAGAUUUGCAAUCACAGUGCUGCUAGUUUGGAUUAACUCUCAUUUCCUAGUAUGUCAUUUGCUAUUUUUUCAUCUUUAUUUUGAGUUUACAGUCACAUUUUUAAAGACUGGGGCAUCAAAUUUGGUGAGAGUUCUUAUUUUUCGUCAUAUUAAAAAAUAUAAAAACUCGGUGUCACCUGUCGUUCUCCGUCUCCACAUUUUAGCUCCAUCCACCCUACUUUGUCCGCAAAUCGGACAAUGGACUUCCAUUAAAAACAGGUUUUUUGACCGUGUGUUUAGGGCACCAGAGCAACAUAUUACAAACUUCUUUUUGCAGUCACUCCAUCACCAGGGCUUUAAAUUUCGGUGCCACACAUGCAAGUCUUCAAUCAUGGACUGAGAGUGUUUGAAGCACUGAUUCGUGAAACUUUACAUGUCACUACAUAUGGAUGUCUAAGAGUGGAGUAUGUGUGUAAGGAAAAGUUUGUGUGCUCCUGCACACAGAGAUUUGAGUCAGAAAAAUGAAGAAAAAAAAUGUUAAAAAAUGAUUAUUUCACGAGUACUUUUCUGCAUGUCUGUUUCGGGGACAAAGUCAGCUGGAUGGAGCUUCAAAUGCGAAAAAUUGGCACAACAAAAAGGAUUUAAAUGCACCAAAAUCAGUUUUAUUUCUCAUUAUUGACAUGGCCCAGACUCUUUUUAUGAAAAAAAAAAAAAAAAAAAAAUAUAUAUAUAUAUAUAUAUAUAUAUAUAUAUAUACAUAAUUUUAUAUGGGAAAUAUGGCGAUUUUGCAUUUUUUACCAUAAAUAAUAGCAGUGACAUGGUGCACAAAAACUGGCAUAAAAAGGGUGUAACAUCGAAUUUUGUAUUUAUUAUUUUUCUAAUGGUCAGGGCUGAAGUUGUUCAAGAGAUUUGAGUCGAAAAAAGUUUUUAAAACAUGUUAGAAAAAUGAUUAUGUUGUGAAGACUUAUCUGCAUGUCCACUUUGGGGACUAAGUAGGCUGGAUGGAGCUCAAAAAUGAAAGGAACCGAGGGUUAAGACACCACCUGGAUUUCUUCACCAGGUCUGAAAUCAAAAGCAAAAGAAAUUUUAUCUUUUAGAGAUAUCUGUCUGUGGAGCUGCACUGAGACAUGAGUACAGUCUGAACCUGUGGGCUCAUAUGAAAAAGAGGGCUAAUGAGUUACUCUCUGUGUAAUCUCAUGUGUUGCUGUGUAUCCUCUGAGGACUCUGAUGUCACUGGUUGGUAAAAUAACCUGUUGUUUUUCUUUGAUCCGCGAACAAAGCAGGAAAGCAUAGCAGGACGCUGUUUUUGCUGUUAGCUACCCGCGCGCUUUGAAGGACGUCCUCCCCCUUGAUGUCACCUGGGAAAUCUAAAUUUCAUAUGUCGUAUCCGGAGACUCUUCUUUGAAGCCCUAACCCGUCUAAUUGUGGUCCUUGUUUUUAACAUGUUGCAAUUAUUCUCAAACCUCUCUUUUCUCCUCUUAACCUCGUCCUAACUUCUCCUCAGGUGGCCCAGCUCCCUCUCUCAGUGAGCGACGGACGCUGGCAUCACAUCUGCAUCACCUGGACGACCAGAGACGGCUUCUGGGAGGCGUACCAGGAUGGAGAGCGUCUGGGCACCGGGGACAACUUGGCCCCCUGGCACCCAAUUAAACCUGGAGGGGUGAUCAUCCUGGGCCAGGAGCAGGUGAGAGCACGAGUGUGUGUUUAAGAGCCAGAGGCGCAGAGCAGGGAUCAGGGGAGAGGAUGAAGGGAGGCUGCUCUCACGCUAUCUCGUCCCUUCCAAUAUUACCUCAUUCAUCUACCUCUUAACUGCACCUCUGAGCCUCUGGGAGCCGCGUUAGCGGGUUAGCUCCAUGACAGCACCUUGCAUAUACUUAAGAAAUGUACGGUGACAUAUGAUUAAUUUCCGCUGAGGGCCAUUAAGUCAUAUUGCAAUAGAUUAGAGCCAAAGGAGGCCGGUGUUGGGGAGAUUGCAUCAUGUUGCACAAUAUUACCGUUUGCACAUCAGUGAGAUGUCUUAAAGGGGCAGUGCGCUCAGAGCCGUUAAGUUUAAAUCAAACAUUUACAUUUCUGCUGCAGGUUACAGCGACUGUAAAAGGCGGGGCUUAGUCUUGGGGGAAAAUUAGCGCCCCCUGUGGACAAUACUGUUCCAAUUUUUCUUGUAAACGCAUUAUCAGUUUAAUGAAACGUCUCAUUCUGUCUUCUACCAAUCAAAUACACCAGUCUUUAGGGCGCAAGGCUCAAGAGGGGUCUAGUUGCAGACCGGAAGUUGUUUGAAGCCUUUCAAAAUAAGAGCAAAUAUACCAGAAGUAUGUUUCUUUUUUUAUGUCCAAAGUUGAUUUGAAGCCUUUCAAAUGUUUAUGGUCUGACUCUUACGAGCAACUUGCAAAACACUAGUCCUGACAGCAGGGAUAGCCUAUCACACGCAAAAAGCAGCCCUGCGGCAGAGCCAAUCAAGGACCUUGUGGACGGUCCAAACUGAGGGAAACCAGUUUUCAGCUUGAGCAGCCGUUUGGUCUUAGUGCUUGACCUGUAUCGGUUUGCUAUAGCGUAAAGUAACAUUGAUUUUUAGACGGUUAAAACUGCAGGGGACGAAAACAGGCUUUUGAAAAAUUACAUCCAUGGGGAUGACCACUUCAAACAAACUGGAGCACGUGAAAAUAAAGGUCACCUCCUGUCCUCUCGGCAGCUAGACUGUCUUGCAAGGUUCAGCUAGUACGACAACAGUCCUAAGAUGGAGCAACUCAGCAUUGACAGAGGUGAGAUAGAUGCAGGAGCAAAACUUCUGCAGCAGUGAUCCAGGAGAACCUACGGCAUGAUGGAGCACGAUGUUGCUCUCUUCUCCUGUAGCUUAAAAUGCUGUGUUUGUUUUGACGGCGCACACAUAAGAUGCACCACGAGGAUAAGGCUCAAGAACAGGAUACUCAUUUUCAGGUCUGUUUUCCCCUUUAAAACAGACCAGACUCAAUCAUAACUGUUACCACAUUAGUCCAAUUAUCAUCACAAAAUAAAGUACAGAAAAAUACUUUUAGUGGAGAAACAAAUAAAAGAGACAAAGCCGAGGAGGAGUGCAGGCUGCUACAGAGAGAUCCACAAAAAAGCGAAGAUGACACAUUUAGUAAGCAGCACACCGCACACAGACCGGGCUGCACAGAUGUGUAAAGAGGCUGAAUGGAACAGAAAUGUCAACGGACUCUGACAAUGAUGAAGCAGGAAAAAACUCAUCCAGGUGCGGCGCUGAAUCAUGCGGUCCCCUGCUCUCGCUGUGGACUAGUUUCUUUGUAGGUCAUGAGGAGGCAUCAGUAUUAAUACCAGUCUGUUUAAUAUCCAGCCAGCAGCUCUUCACAGGAGCUUUAACCUAUAAACUUCUCUCUGCUCUGUCUCCAUUUAGGACAUUGUUGGAGGCCGCUUCGACGCCACCCAGGCCUUCGUGGGCGAGCUGAGCCAGUUCAACAUGUGGGACCGAGUGCUGCGGCCUGUGGACAUCGUGGGUCUGGCCAACUGCUCCGCUUACAUGCCGGGAAACGUUGUUCCUUGGAUCGACGCUAACGUCGAAGUGUUUGGCGGCGCUAGCAAAGCCGCGCUGGAGAUCUGCGAGGACCGUGCGUUUGAUUCCUAAAGGAUCUGAUCAUAGGGAAUCUAGGAUCGAGCAGCUGUGUACCCUGACUUGGUUGCUGCAGUGAGACCCCCAAAGGGACGAGGGAAGAGUAUGGGUGCGACAUUUUCACAUAUUUAUGUUCUGACUGCGUAGAUUCGGAAGACUCCGUGUUUAUCGGACUCACAUGUUGACGCGUCCGAUCAAUUUUGGACCCGGAGGACGCCGCAGGAGACUUCAAAUUAGUCCGCUCAUCUGAAGAAGAAGCUCUGCCGUUGCAUCAGUCUGCUGUGAUGAUACGACCUCACGUCAUUCUGUGUUAUCUCUUCAGUAGAUCCGCUCUCAUUUGACACCUCUUUGAAAAAAAAAAAACAGCUCUUUUUUUCGGUUGCGUUCCUUCGUCUGACAAUGCUGCACUGUAUCUGUAGUGAAUGUGAGCUGCAGCAGGCUUUGAUGUGCUGAGGAACAGUAGAGUACUACACGCUGUGAGCUCCCUGAUGUUUAAAGAGCAACGAGGCACCGGUGAAAUGAGGUGGAUGCUGGAGAGUUCAAAGUGGAGGAUGGAUGAUUAUUUUCAGACGUCCCAGCGCGUCCGAAACGUCUAAAAGUGAUGCAUGAGCCCGGACGGUGACUGAGAGUGACGGUGCAUGCUUUCUGUCACUACACAGGGUGCAUGUGGAGCAUCAAAACAAGCCAAUGCAGCACUCUGACAUUAUGUAAGAGUGUGUGUACGUGUGUGUGUGUGUGUGUGUGUUGCGUGUAAAAGAUCAGAGAUUAUGAGCCAGAGAGGACAUUUUCAUUCUUGUCAAUCUAUGCUUAAUACCUCUCUGCCCCUUGAGCAGCUGCCAUGUCCCGAACAGCUUUACGGACGGGCUGGCUCUGCUCAGGUUAAUAGCGAUGUCGGACAGAUGCCCAGGACUGGCGCAUCGGCAGAGCCGUGGACCCGAGCCCAGAGCCCAGAGAGGGCAGGGACUGGAGUUAACCUUGAAGGACAAUCCUUAAAUCCUCAUCUGGGUAGUAAUUAUCUGUGCUCAUAAAGGAGGGUAGCAGUUAGCUGCCCGAGCUAACUGUGUCAUACUCAAUAGAUUUGACGGUGCAGGAGGGACGCCAAAAUGAGGGUCUGGACUUUAAUCUUAAUUGCCUCCCAGCGAAGAGAAAGAAAAGUUUCCACCAAUCGAUGUGUAUCUGUUUAAAAAGGGAAUAAUUGAUUUCUUGCCACUGCUUAGCAAAUAAAAUCGACGCUUGUUUGAAGCUCUAAGUUAUGUUGCUUCUUAAUAUUGUGGCAGACGUUCGUUUGAAAGCUUUUGUUUCUGAUAAGCAGUAAAAAAAAAAAAAAAAAAAUAGAUGCACAGCCUGGUGCUGCGAAGCAAACGUAAGAGUCAACUCCAGAGUUUCUUUUCCUCUGGUUAACAGACUAUUUUAAACUCAUGAUAAAGUCACGAUAUUAGCUGGAGGCAAAACACAAGAGUAGAUGACAUAAGAGUGUUAGUCCAGGCAGGCUCAUAAUACGUCUCAUGAUCUUAACAUCCACACGUCUUUCUCUUGCUCCUCCUUUCAAUGCUGUAUCUGAUUUUAACAGUGUUGUACGUAUCGGCACUGAUGCUGCUCUGUUCGGUACCCAGGGUGUCUUUGCUGCUGCUCUCCCUGCCCUGGGGUUUUUAAUGUGGAGGGGAGGUGUGACAACCCUGCUGCAGGAUUUCCCACGUAUGCAUGUGGAAAAGAACCAAUUAGCUUUGUUGAACGUGGCCUCACAGGGAUAUUCUAGCGUAAAAUUAAGUUAGGGUCAGACACACCGUAACACCGAGUUAGACGCCCCCUCUAGAGAUGAAUGUUGCCGACCGCUUGCUUCUCUAGUUAUACCAACUUUAGUAAUGACCGCAGGAUAGAAAUACAGAGAGGUCUGAGGAGCCAUAAACAAACCUCAACCAAAACGCCACUCUAUAGCCACAAAUAAUGCUCAGAACAGCACCUAACUUCAUCAACAGGACAUAUAGGGUCCUAGCUACAGUACUAGCCACCAAACAUCUUUUUAACUUUACCUGAUUUCUUUAGCAAACAGACUAAACACAACUCACCUACUCUCUUCCAGCAGCCGCUUGUUUGUAGCGAGACCUCAGGCCAGUCCAUUACGGACUACAGCGGGGUGCCACAGCUCAAGGAAGAACAUUUAUGAUCAUUUCUUCAUGGAAAUUUAAUCAGACUGAGACGCUAAGACAGAAGAACUACCGCGUCUGAAAAAUGAUUAAUAUGACGAUUAUUACUUCAAGGAAAUGAUAAAGUAAUGAGUAACUAAAUUAAUUUUAUGCCGGAAUAUCCCUUUAACUGAUGUGAAAUGUUACCGGGUAGCUGCUGUUAGCAGUAAACAAAAAUGAGGAUGACUGGAGUUGAAACGAUAAACCAAAAAGAAGUGGAUGGAGGCAAACAUGAAAGAUCCUCAGGCACAUAUUAACUAUUGUGUGGGUUAAUUAUAUAAAAUAUAAUGAGGGUUAUUAUUGACCUCUUUUUCUAUAUACGAUUGUACGAUCGAUUGGUAAUCAUUCACAAAUAUAAAAACAUCCAAAGACGAAAACCCCCCUGUUUUUUGUUUUUUUUAAAUUAAAGCUACUAUAAGGAGUUUUUGAGUGGUCAGGAAAUCAACAACAAAUGGCUCUUGAUGACAAAAAACAAAACAAAACGCAGCCUUAAUCAGCACUUUUUCUCAGAAACAUGUUUUGCACAAGCGCAGGACUUUUCCCGUAAAGAUGUAAGCGGUCACUCUUGGUCCAAAAGGUGGCGCCAAAACUAACAGAAACCCAAACAGAAGCUAGGCGUCAGAGAACACAACUUCCGAGCUUAUGCGUCUGUCAGAUUGUUUUGCCUCCUGCUAAGCCCCGCCCACCAGGAACUCUUCGCUAACACUUAAAGCAUCUUUAGUAAAAAGUUUGACCCCGUUUUAAACUAGCAGGUAACAGGACAGCGCCGAAUGUGUUCAAAGUCAGGGUGCACACUUGUUGGAAAUGUCGCUCACAUGUCGUGAUCGUUCCUCUUUUGAGUGUCUUUGUUGACGAUGUUACUCUGUGCAACCAGGAGAUGUAUUUUUCUGUAGAAAGUGUUUUCUUCUUGCUUUUUCUCUGCUCAUGAUUUUUGUCCAUUAGCAGCGCAUAAAGAACACAAAGAAAAGCUUGUAGAAAUGCUUUUGUUUCAAUGGUGAAUGGCCUUCUCGUGAGAACCAUGCGUGCUUCUGCCUGUGGACAAUGUUUUUUUUUGUCACUUUUUAAAGCACUAGCGGCUCACUCGCAGCAUCGACACCGAGGGACGUGAGAGGAAAAAAGACAAAUGUGUUCGUUAAUCUUUGUUUUUAAAGUCACCUUUCUGCCGUGUGGUUGAAUGUCCUUUUGCACCCAAUAAAAGAAAAAGUGAACAAGUUGCAGAGGUGUGGCAGUUAAAG